AUGGCCAACUCGUCCAUUGCUCCCGCCCGGUCCUUCAUCCGUAGUUGCAUCCGUCACUACUCAGCUCCAGUCGACUCGUCUAUCCCAGCUUCCAAAACAAAAUAUGUUCCCACGUCAGGCACUUACCCUAAGGGGUUCAAAGUCAGCGGAACGCAUGUGGGAGUGAAACCAGCCAAUAAAUCCCAACCUGAUCUAGCAUUCAUUGUCUCUGAUCGCCCAGCCUUCGGCGCCGCCGUAUUCACCACGAACAAAUUCCAGGCAGCUCCUGUCCAAGUGAGUCGGGCUGUCCUUGAGAAGCGAGGCGGGGUUGGACUCCGGAGUAUCAUCGUGAACUCUGGGUGCGCCAAUGCUGUGACGGGCGUGGGUGGGCUGGAAGACGCAAAUGCUAUGGCCGAGACGGCCACCGCCCAGUUCCGGCAGCAGUCCUCUGAACCCGAUGACAAUCUCGGCCCUAACAGCCUGGUCAUGUCUACAGGAGUGAUCGGACAACGCCUACCGAUCCAGAAAAUCCUCUCCAAAGUUCCUGCGGCCUACACCAACCUCGACGACUCACACAACGCGUGGCUGACGACUGCAAAAGCCAUCUGCACUACGGACACGUUUCCCAAGCUUCUCUCUACCACAUUCAAGCUCCCGUCCACGCACCAUCAAGGAAUCGAGUACCGACUCGCGGGAAUGACGAAAGGCGCAGGCAUGAUCCACCCGAAUAUGGCAACGCUGCUGGGCAUUCUGUGCACCGACGCACCCAUCGGUGCAGGUGCACUGAAAUCAUUACUUACGAAUGCAGUGAACCAGUCGUUCAAUUGCAUUUCGAUCGACGGCGACACGUCGACAAACGACACGGUCGCCAUCCUAGCGAACGGCGCGGCUGCCACGGAUCCCAACAUUCCUCGCAUUUCUGAGGAAGAAUCUUCAAGCGCAGACUACCAAGCCAUGUCCGCGAUAUUGACAGAAUUCUCGCAGCGUCUUGCGCAGCUAGUCGUCCGCGACGGUGAGGGGGCGACAAAGUUUGUUCAGGUCACUGUCCGCCACGCGCCAACCCAGCACGACGCCAGGGCCAUUGCCUCAACUAUAGCUCGCUCCCCGCUCGUCAAGACCGCGUUGUACGGCAAGGAUGCCAACUGGGGCCGCAUCCUCUGCGCAAUCGGCUAUACACCUGACAUCUCCCCGGAUGCCGUCAUCCCGUCCAAGACAAACGUCAGCUUCAUUCCGGCGCAGAGCUCAAAGUCUAAGCACGAGGGUGUUCUCAAGUUGCUGGUCGAUGGCGAGCCUGAGGCCGUCGACGAAGAGCGGGCCUCACGCUUGCUGGAAGAUGAAGAUCUUCAUAUCGAGGUUGACCUCGGCACUGGCAAUGAGGAGGCUAACUAUUGGUUCUGCGACUUCAGCCAUGAAUACGUCACUAUCAAUGGAGACUAUAGGACGUGA